AUGAAGGGUGGCCGAUUACACCGCCCGGAGCCCCCGGGAUCCCACGCCUCCGCAGCCCCGGCCGCGGCCGCGCCCGCCCCCACGCCCGCCGACGACUGGGUGGACGGCUCCUGGACGGUGGACUGCUCGUGCGGCGUCACCUUCGACGACGGCGAGGAGAUGGUGAGCUGCGACGACUGCAACGUGUGGGUGCACACGCGGUGCGCGCGCUACCUCCGCGGCGUGCACGCCUCCUUCUCCUGCCACAACUGCAGGCGCAAGCGGUCCGCCGACGAGACCGAGGUCGCCGAGCUGCUCGCCGAGCUGCCCACCCACCGCCCGCCGCCGCUCUACCGCCGGUGGGCCGAGGUGCCGCUCCCCGCCCGCGUCCACGUCCACGGAGGGACCGACGCCGCCCUCUUCCGCGGAUCCCCGUCCUCCCCCGCCUUCUCCGCCGCGCUCUGGCGCUGCGCCGGCUACGUCCCCAAGAAAUUCGGCUUCCGCUACUGCGAGUUCCCCUCCUGGGCCGAAGACAAGGACGGCGCCGACACCCUUUUCGCGCUCGCCAGAGAGAAGCGGAAGGAGACGGCGCCGGCAACCAGAUUCACCCUCUCCCUUGCAAAUAAUAACGCUCAAACCCUAACCAAGAAGGCCGAAGGCAGUCCGCACGCAGGCGGCGCUGGCGGUACAAAGGAAGUUCCUCCUCGGACUGAUGCUAAGACGAAAGGAGCAUCCAAGAUCACUGGACAUGCUGAUACACGGGAUCAUCCGAAAGGGGAUCUUAACAUGCCUGAUGUUAUGCAUAAGGAUCAGUUUGCCGACACAAGCAUGGCCAAUUCUGAUUCUCAAGAAGUUGCUGAAGCCAGUAGGAAGGCAAAGGAAUCCUUGGAACCGAGCGGGGAGAAGAAGAGUUCCGAGGGAAAUCCAAGGAUGCUGAUAAUGGAAGAACCCGAGGAGUCCAUGAGACUGGAGAUCUCUUCUGGAGUUAGAACUACAUCAACUGUGGCAGAACAAGAAGUGCACUCACGGUUUGUCAAGGCAGAGGUUAACUCGUGUAGGAAACAAAUUGAAGGAAGUCAAAAUGUGGGCUUACAAUCCGGCAUAAUUGAUGCAGUUGCGGAAAUGGAUGGAGAUAUGCGAAUCCAUGCUGGUUCUGUGAAAGUGCAUGACGGGCCGUGUCUUCAGAAGCAAUCAAAUCAAGCUUCUUCAAAUCUGCAGGAUCAUGAGAGAACAAAGGCUACCCAGUCCAUUAAAGAUGAGCAUAGGAGUGAUACACAAGGUCAAGGGGUCAAUACAGGUUCUUUAACCGCUCAAAGAAAUUCAGCCAGGUCACACUCUGAUUCAGGCUCUGACCUUCCAAGUUCCGAGACAAAAAAUCAGAUGCACACAGUACCUGAACAAAACUCAGUUCCAGGUGCUCAGAAAGUUUGUACAGUGUCUUCUGGUCCUACCUAUUCCCAGAUAUCGCCCUCUUCAGUAUCAGCAGAGCCAUCAUCAGUAGGGAAGACUGGCCGUUUAAUGAAAAAGGAAGACACAAGGUUGGUUGCUCCUGCUGAUAUCAAACAUGAGUCUGCAAAGCAUUCUGCAGAGAGUUCCAAGGAAUUUAGUAGGCCCUCUGAGAAAGUUCAACCGAAAGGCUCUCUUUCUUCUGCAUCAAAAUCAUCUCAAACAAUCAGAUCAUCUGUACCUUCAGCCAAACAUAGAGUACCGUUAUCAAAGGAGCAGACACACAAGACACCUAUGACAGGAGGCACCCCAGCAAGAUCAUUCCAUGGUGAAGUGACACCAUCACAUUCUCGUAAUAAGGCAAUGCCUUCUAACUUACCCCAGAAAAAAGAUAAGGUACACCACCGCUUUGUUCAUGUUACACAAGAUGGGUCUACUAAUUCAACAUCAACUGAGUUGCGAGCCUCUGAUGGGACAGCUUCAUUGAGCGAUGAACAGCUUGCGUUGUUAUUACAUCAACAAUUAAACAGCUCCCCCAGAGUACCAAGGGUGCCACGUGGCCAUCAAACAGGUAGCAUGCAGAUGCUACAUCAAACUGGAGCCAGUGUAUUCUCAAAGCGGUCUUCAGCACAUGGAGGAAAGGAUCAAACACCGGUGUUAAAGAAGAGACACAAAGAUGAUAUUGCAUUGAGGGAUAAUGAUGACAGCAAGAGGUCAGGAAAGGUGUCUCUUGUCGAACGGAGGCAUAGAGAUUAUAGCACCGAGCAUACUCCUUCUGUGAAGGACUCAUGCAAAUUAGCUGACAAUGUAGCAUUGGAAGAGCAAAAUCAUGGUACGUGUUCAGACGAAGCUACCACUGGGAUAGCAAAGGACGAUCUGGUGGAUAGUGGUCUUCCACGCAGUUUACCUGGAUUCAUUGAUGAAAUCAUCAGCAGGAACAGAAAUAUAACAUACGGAGAACUAUGUGAUGCUAUCGGUGAGCGUUGGAGGGAUUUCGUUAAACCCAAAGGAGAGGAUUAUGCAUAUUCCAGCUUUUUACAUGCUGUUGAUGAAUGUCUCAGGACAAAGAGCGAGUGGGCUCACCUUGUUUGCCAGGCUCCAAAGGCGAAUCCAAAUAAGCGCCGUAAGGUGGAGAGCGAAUCUUUGUCGGCUGAUGCAAUGGAAACAGAGAAGGCGAGAAACAUGUCUGAAAGAUACCCAGGAGAAGAGGGUAGCUCUGAGUCGCAACAAGGUCUGCCUAGGGGCAAACGAAAGGGUUGGAAACGCUCCCAUCAUGAAACGAAAGCUUCAAGUGACAAGAACACGAGGAAGAGGCCGAACCUCAAUUCAUCCUCGGAGGAUACUGCUGCCUCCUUGUCUGCUUCCAGUAGCAACCCUAUGGAUGACGAGAGCCAAGAUAACUCUUCUGGUGGUGACAGGCAACCAAACUCUGCAGAUUCAGGCUCAUAGGGCGGUGCUGGUGCAGUGCCAUUUGCAAAUACAGAGUGCAUCUAACUGAUAGAGGAAACCAUCGGAUUUCCUUUAUGCCUCUCAGAAUGCGAUGGACCAUUUGCUCGUGCUGAGGUUCAGAGAAGCCGCCGCCUGGUACACCUUUCCCUUAACCGGAGCAUAUGUAACAGUAGAGUAAUCUAGAGUUUCCAUUUCCUCCCAACAGAUUCGACGCAGGUCAUUUUGCUUAGCUAGUGUCUUGAGUGUGCAUUUUGCAAGGACAUGAGCAUAUGCCCACAAAUAAAUAAAGUAGUAGGCAAUCUGUACA